CAGCCUCAGGGCGCGCUGAGGGCGCAUGCGCGGUGCCAUGCAGCGCGCGCUGAGGGCGCUGCUCCGGGAGCCGCCGCCAUGGCGGCCCCGCCGCCCCCCGCCCGGCCUGAGGGUCUCGGCCCGCACCGCCCCGGGGCUUCUCUGCGAGCCUGCCCGCCCGCUCUGCACCGGCCAGGGACAGCGCUGGGGCCCGGCCCGCCCGCUCUGCACCGGCCAGGGACAGCGCUGGGGCCCGGCCCGCCCGCUCUGCACCGCCCCCGGGCCGCCGCCGGCCACGCACUAUCGCCUGGUGUACACCUGCAAGGUGUGCCAGACCCGCUCAGCCAAAUCCAUCUCUAAGGCUGCCUACCACCGAGGGGUGGUGAUCGUGACCUGUCCCGGCUGCGGGAACCACCACGUCAUUGCCGACAACCUGGGCUGGUUCUCUGACCUGGAGGGAAAGAGGAAUAUCGAGGAGAUCCUGGCAGCCAGAGGGGAGCAGGUGAGACGUGUGGCUGGGGAGGAGGCACUGGAGCUGCUGCUGGAGAGCCCUGCAGAGCCCAGGCCCCAGGCUCAGCUGGCACAGGGGGACAACGGGGAAGCCCCCCCAGAUCCUGGCAGCAAGGGACACACCUGACACGAGGGACUGUGGCCUGUGGGACACGUGACAUUGUGGUCUCUUGGACAGACCUGCCACGUGGGAUUUGGGACAUUCUGCUUGGACUCUUCACCUUCAUUCCCUGAUUUUAACUGUUUCUAAAAUAAACUCGGGUGUUGGGUUCUCUC